AUGGUCAGAGACUGCAGACAUACUACUGGAGAUAGUCAGAGAUUGCAGACAUGGUACAGGAGAUGGUCAGAGACUGCAGACAUAGUACAGGAGACAGUCAGAGAUUGCAGACAUAAUAGGAGAUGGUUAGAGGCUGUAGACAUACUACAGGAGACGGUUAGAGACUGCAGACAUAAUACAGGAGACGGUAAGAGACUACAGACAUGGUACUGGAUACAGUCAGGGACUGCAUACAUGGUACAGGAGAUGGUCAGAGACUGCAGACAUAGUACAGGAGACAGUCAGAGACUGCAG